CAUGUCAGAGAUAUUAGACCUCUCUUUUCUGUCUGAGGUGGAAAGGGAUUUGAUUCUCAACGUCCUGCAGCGAGAUGAGGAGCUCAGGAAAGCAGAUGAGAAAAGGAUUAGGCGACUGAAGAAUGAACUACUGGAGAUAAAAAGGAAAGGGGCCAAGAGAGGCAGUCAACACUACAGUGAUCGGACCUGUGCCCGGUGCCAGGAGGGCUUGGGCCGUUUGACUCCCAAGAGCAACACUUGCUGGGGUUGUAAUCACCUGGUAUGUCGGGAGUGCCGCAUCCAGGAAAGCAAUGGUUCCUGGAGGUGUAAGGUGUGCUCCAAGGAAAUAGAGCUGAAGAAAGCAACUGGAGACUGGUUUUAUGAUCAGAAGGUGAAUCGUUUUGCUUACCACACAGGCAGUGAGAUAAUCAGGAUGUCCCUGCGCCGCAAGCCGGCAGUGAGUAAAAGAGAGACAGUGGGACAGUCGCUCCUUCAUCAGACCCAGAUGGGAGAUGUUUGGCCAGGAAGAAAGAUCAUUCAGGAGCAACAGAAGGAGCCCAGUGUGCUAUUUGAAGUGCCAAAGCUGAGAAGUGGAAAGAGUGCCCUGGAGGCUGAGAGCGAGAGUCUGGAUAGCUACACAGCUGACUCAGAUAGCACCUCCAGGAGAGACUCUCUGGAUAAAUCUGGGCUUUUUCCAGAAUGGAAAAAGAUGUCUGCCCCCAAAUCUCAAGUAGAAAAGGAAAUUCAGCCAGGGAGUCAAAAUGCAGUAUUUGUUGAUGAAAGUGAAAUGAUAUUCAAGAAGAACACUAGAAAAAUCCUUAGACCCUCAGAAUAUACUAAAUCUGUGGUCGAUCUUCGCCCUGAAGAUAUGGGACAUGAAAGUAGCUCUUUGGGAGACAGAAGCAGAUCUGUUCCAGGCCUCAGUGUGGAUAUGGAAGAGGAAGAGGAGGAAGAAGAAGACAUUGAUCACCUGGUAAAAUUGCAUCGCCAGAAAUUAGCCAGAAGCAGCAUGCAAAGUGGCUCCUCCAUGAGUACCAUUGGCAGCAUGCUGAGCAUCUAUAGUGAAGCUGGUGAUUUUGGGAAUAUCUCUGUGACAGGCAAGAUUGCCUUUUCCCUGAAGUUUGAACAGCCAACACAAACUCUGGUUAUUCAUGUGAAGGAGUGUCACCAGCUAGCUUAUGCUGAUGAAGCUAAGAAACGUUCUAACCCGUAUGUGAAGAUGUAUCUUCACCCUGACAAGUCCCGACAAGGUAAAAGAAAAACCAGCAUCAAACGGGAUACUAUCAAUCCACUAUAUGAUGAGAUCUUUAGGUAUGAGGUCCCAGAAUCUCUCCUGGCCCAGAGGACCUUACAGUUUUCAGUUUGGCAUCAUGGUCGUUUUGGCAGAAACACUUUCCUUGGUGAGGCAGAGGUCCAGAUGGAUUCCUGGAAGCUUGAAAAGAAACUGGAUCAUUGCCUCCCUUUACAUGGAAAGAACAGUGCCGAGUCUCUGAUUAGCUUGCCAUCACACAAAGGCGAGUUGGUGGUCUCCCUAAAAUAUAUCCCAGCCUCCAAACUCCCCACUGGAGGUGACCGGAAAAAAAGUAAAGGUGGAGAAGGAGGAGAACUGCAGGUGUGGAUCAAAGAAGCCAAGAAUCUGACAGCUGCCAAAUCAGGAGGGACUUCAGACAGCUUUGUCAAGGGAUACCUUCUUCCCAUGAGGAACAAGGCCAGUAAGCGUAAAACCCCUGUGAUGAAGAAGACCCUGAAUCCUCACUACAACCACACAUUUGUCUACAAUGCAGUGAGGCUGGAAGACCUACAGCACAUGUGCCUAGAACUGACUGUAUGGGACCGGGAGCCCUUGGCCAGCAAUGACUUCCUUGGAGGGGUCAGGCUGGGUGUUGGCACUGGGAUCAGUAAUGGGGAAGUGGUGGACUGGAUGGACUCAACUGGGGAAGAAGUGAGCCUGUGGCAGAAGAUGCGACAGUACCCAGGGUCUUGGGCAGAAGGGACUCUGCAACUCCGUUCCUCCAUGGCCAAGCAGAAGCUUGGUUCAUGAGUUCCUCACAUCCUCUGCAGGUCCAGCCCUACCCAGGGCAAGUCAGAGAAAGUGAGGAAACCAAGAGCAAAGAUUUUUAAUUUAAUAUGUGGUGUGUGUGUGUGUGUGUGUGUGUGUGUGUGCAUGUGUG